AUGGAGAACGCGACAAAUAUUGAUCCAGCAGAAUCAACCGAAAUAUUAACAGCAACAUCUUACUUGAUGAAAACGAGUACCAAGUCCAAGACAAGCUUAUAUGAACACUUAAGUGCUAUACUAAUGAAAGUAUUAAACGAAAGACCCGAAAAUCCUGUGGAUAUUUUGGAGGAUAUGUCCCGAAAUAUCAAGAAAUCAAAAUUUAUCGUUCCAAAUGAUACUAUCCAAGAUGAAAGUCUCCUUUCACCGGCAGUAGAUCUUGCUGAUCAACAGAAAGCAUUGUUUGAGGUAAGAACUGAAGAAGGAGAAGAUAUGCCUCCUAUCCCUGAUGAUGAUCAAGAUUUGCCACUUCCAGAUUUGAUGGAUAUUGCUCAUUACUUUGAACAAGCAGGAGUUGGUCUGUCACAAAUGGAAGUUUAUAGGGUCUUUCUUGCAUUGAAGACUUUAGCUGAAAAUUAUCCCUUACAAACUGUUCGCUUUUGGGGUAAAAUUAUCGGCCUUCAUGGCAAUUACUACAUAGCUGAAACUCAGUAUCGAGAGGGAGAAGAUGAUGAUGAAGACGACUUGGAAGAUGAGGAAAUUGAGGAAGACGAUAGAGGAGAUGAAAGCGAAAAUGGAUCUGACGAAGAAGAUGAAGAUGAAUUGCCUAAAUCAAACUAUAAACCACCUCCUACUAUUCCACGUGAAGACAAUCGUACGGGUGCCAACAAAUAUAUCUACUUCGUCUGUAGUGAACCUGGUAAACCGUGGGUAAAACUACCGCAUGUAACUCCUACUCAGAUAGAUAUAGCACGAAAUAUAAAGAAAUUCUUUACUGGCAAGUUAGAUGCACCGAUUGUUAGUUAUCCUCCGUUCCCAGGAAAUGAAUCAAAUUAUUUACGUGCUCAAAUUGCUCGAAUUACUGGCAGUUGUCAAAUUAGUCCCCUAGGUUACUACCACUUUGAUGAAGAUGAAGAUGAAGACGAAGAUGAAAAUGUCAGGGAUUCGUUCAUAGUUAACCUAGAAUUUGAAGGACUUAGCCUAAAAGAACUUUUAGAACCAUCAUUGAGUAAUUGGGUGCAUCAUGUGCAAUAUUUAUUACCUCAGGGUCGUUGCACUUGGUUCAAUCCGACUGAGAAACCGGAAGAUGAUUUUGAAGAUGAGGAAGAUGAUGAAGAAAGAGAAGAACCUGAUGAACCCGAGCCAGAAACAGGGCCACCAUUGCUCACUCCAAUAUCAGAAGAUGAUGAGGUUGAUGGACGUUCAUCAUGGACCCCCUACUUAUCAUCACGUUUGGUUCCUGCUUAUGCUUGUGCUGUCUUACGUUCCAAUAGAUGGCCUGGAGCUUACGCUUUUGCCAUAGAUAGGAAAUUUGAAAAUAUUUACAUUGGCUUUGGACACAAGUAUAAUAGUGAGAAUUAUAGUCCUCUACCACCACCUCCAGUGCAAGAUGAAUUCCCUAGUGGUGCCGAUAUUACUGAGAUUGACGAUCCUACUAUAGAAGAAGAGAAUGCACUCAGAGCUGCUCAACGUGCAGAAGAAGAAGAUGGUGAAGAAUUAGACGAUGAAAUGGAUGAAGAAGAAGAAGAAGACGAUGACUAA